AAAGCGAAAACUUCUGGUCAUGACACCGCCAGUCACGGCGGGGAGCAACCACUACACUACGGCAGUUGAGCUUCACACACUAACUCGUAUAAUAUUUAUGCAUUGACUCACAAAACUCAUGACUGUACAGACGUCGCGAGUUCGAAAUCCCUAGAAUGCCGCUGUAGAUGAAUGGCAAUGAUAUUAGGAUUGAUUAUUAUUAUGAAACCCGGAGAUCCGAAACCCUCAGACACGUUAGCUUCCUCGCAAGCUUGAUGUACAUACGAUUUGAGGACAGAGAUAAAACAUAUCGAGUUUAUUUGUUGUGAAUUUGUGCUCUGGAUUUCUAUCAAGUGUGAUUUGGAGUUGGUUUACAGUCGUCGAAGUCAAUGGCGCUUCUUGUUUGGCUCUGUUUGGCUUGUCUUUGUGCUGUCGUUUACGGUCAAUAUCCAUUCGAUACUGUGUUACGGAUUGAUUGUGGCGGAUACAAUAAUUUCACAAGCAAAUUCAAUCUGUCAUGGAUGUCAGAUAGGUUCUUUACUGGAGGUGCACCAGGAUUAGUUUCAGAACCUCACAAUUUUGUUCAAGAGCAGGAGAGAACGUUGCGGUUCUUUCCUAUUGCAAUGGGCAAAAAAAAUUGCUAUAUAGUCAAUGUUCCUGAUGGCCGAUAUUACAUACGGACAUUCUUUGUAUACGACAAUUAUGACAGUAGGAAACACAGUCCAAGCUUUGAAGUCUCAGUGGAGGGAACUCUUGUCUUCAGUUGGAGAUCACCCUGGUUAGAGGAAAAUGCCAAGUUUGGUGCUUACUCGGAUCUUUUUGCUUUUAUAAAAGAUGGUGAAGCUACAGUAUGCCUGUAUAGCAUUGCUACAGAUGCCCCUGUUAUUGGAUCAUUGGAAAUCAUUCAGGUUGAUCCAUUGUCUUAUGCUUCACCCUCAAUUGGUAAGGAUGUCAUCUUGGUGAAUUAUGGCCGCUUGACAUGUGGCUCUCCUUCAUUUGGUCCAGGUUUUAGUAAUGAUACAGAUAAUUUUGGGCGUGCCUGGCAAUCGGACAUUAAUUUUGUUAAUAGCCUCGAUGGAAGAAAGGUUUUGUCAACCCAGAAUCUAAUAAAGAGUACCAAUCAAGCUCAUGACUAUUUCCCAGUUCAUUUGUAUCAAACUGCUCGUACAUUGAUUUCUAAUGGACACUUGGAGUAUCAUUUACCUGUUGAUACAAGGUUGGACUACAUGCUUUGGUUUCACUUUGCAGAGAUUGAUCCAAGUAUUAAUGCUGCUGGGCAGCGAGUGUUUGACAUUAUAAUCAAUGACAUAAACCUACACCAGAUAGAUAUCUUCAAGGAAGUAGGAAGCUUCACUGCAUUUCGUUGGCAGCACAUUGCUCACAACUUAACCAAACCAACAAUAAGCAUAAAGUUGGUACCUGUUACUGGAACUCCAGUAAUCAGUGGUCUUGAGAACUAUGCAUUGAUUUCCAUGGAUCUUGCAACUGAAACACCAGAAGUUGUAGCUAUGAGAGCAUUGAAAGAAUCUUUUCAAAUUCCUGAUCGAAUGGGAUGGAAUGGAGAUCCAUGUGCUCCUUCUACAUGGGAUGCAUGGGAAGGUGUGACAUGUAAUUAUAAUAAAGAUAGCUCAGCUCUUGUUAUAACUCACUUGGAUCUUGGGAGUCAAGGUUUAAAGGGAUUUAUUAGUGACAAAAUCACCACUCUCUCAAACUUGGUAAGCCUGAACUUGAGCUAUAACAGUUUGAGAGGCACUAUUCCGUUGGGGCUUGGACAUGCAUCUCUUAGAAAAGUGGAUUUGUCAAACAAUCAGUUGACUGGCAUGAUUCCAGACAGUCUAGGCUCUUCACAACUUAAGCUGGUAUUACUUAAUGACAAUGAGAUGGAAGGACGAGUCCCUGAGGAUCUCUACUCUAUUGGUGUCCGUGGUGGAACUAUCAAUUUGUCUGGAAAUCUGGACCUUUGUGGAGUGCCUUCUUUACCUGAUUGUCCAAUCUUUUGGGAAAAGGGUGGCUUGACUGCUGGUGCAAAAAUUGGUAUAGCUUUGUCUUCUGUGCUGUUUAUUAUAAUGGUUAUUUCAAUCAUAUACAUCUGCUUCAUUCGCAAGCGGAAUAAGGACUAUGACUUCAGCCUUGGUCUGUCACAUGAUCUUAUCUUAAGGAGCACUCGAUAUCAAAAACAUAAAAACAAGAUGGUUUUCGAAUCUGAAACUCAGAAUAUGAACUCUGUUCCCACUGCCUACGGAUUUGCAUCAAAUUUAAAUCCCUUAUAGGAUAUUUCAAAGUUGCAUUCACAAUUAAUUGAAAUGUUAGCUGUCCUAACUUUAUUUCGGUCACCAAUAUUUAUGGGGUUUAUUUGAUGUUCUUGGGCAAUGCAUCCAAAGCAACCCAAUACUAUUGUAAUUCAUUUUACCACAGCAAAUAAUGUAUGUGACCAAGGUACAUAUGAUCAUAAAAUUGUAUAGUAAAGCAAAGGGUAGAAUGUAAUCUCACAGGAAGGUGUAAUUUAUAUGCAAAGUGGAAAAUAUUUCUUUAUAGAGAUUCUUAUUUUGAGAGAAUAAGAGAAUUACAAUAGACCCUUUUGCAAAUGGAAGGAAUCAAAUUUUAAAUCACGGAGUUCUAUCAUCUCUUAGAAGGAGACUGCAAGGUUUGUAACAUUCAAUGUCCGAUCCCCGAAGUGAUUAUUGACUAUUUAAGCUAUUGUUUCCCUACACUCAGGAAAAAGCAAAUGGAUAUAAUGUGUAUCCAUAUAGAGAAAUUCUUAUAUUGGAGCUUAAAGAGUUUCCAAGAGGAUGAAGUUCCUGAACUCUUAUCAUUGGGAAAUGUUGACUCAGUUGUAAAUUAGGUGAGCAAAGCUGCUUUUUUAUUAUUAAUGUACUGUUCUCUUUUUCUUAUCAAUUUUCCUUUUGUUGGUUGACU